AUGUGCCCUCUCCACACGGAGUUCGUCCGUCACUUCCAGUUUUUCAUGGAUCAGGCCAAGAAAAGCCGAUACUUUGAGUAUCCACUUCUGGAGAGAUACAUGCAGUGCAAGCAAAAGUCUUACUUCCUUGUUAGCAUGCUUUUUUUGAGAGGUUUCCUUCUUUUGACCUUCAUGACCUCUGCCUGCCUCUACCUGGCCUAUUUUUACCUUUCUGCCUUAUUGCAAGAUGAGUUCAGUUGCUUUGUCCGAACAGGUACGCUGCGAGACCACAUGUGGAUUCCAGAACUUGUUCAAUGCAAGAUCAUUGGGCAGUUGGUUUUCCAAGUCAUUAGUGUUGUAAAUGCCACCAUAUACAUCCUGCUGGCACCCUUUGUAAUCUUUAGUCUCAUUCGACUUUUUGUUUGGGACACUACAUUUAUCUCCGUUUAUGGAGUCCUUCCAGCUCUGGAUCUUAUCAACCGUCAAAGACUUGGAUGUCCACUGAAUGACCUCAAUGUUCUUCUACUUUUUUUGCGUGCUAACAUGGCACACUUGAAAUCCUAUGGCCAAAUGAGGGCUUUGUGCUCUCUUGCACCACCACAAGCCAGCAAUGCCACAGCAGUACAAGGCUUGAAUGCAAUGCUGACACCAGAAGAAAUGGAGGAGCGUGAAGAGGCAUCAAUGGAGCUUGCUGAAGAAAUUGGAGAAGCCAAAGAGGAAGGGAAGUUUAAUUUGGUGGAUAUCAUGACUAUUCUGGGAGCAGCACAGGGAAGAGUGCUCAACUGCAGCAAGAAGAAAUCUCUCAAAGAAGAAAAUAUGAGCCUAGAGCCAAACAACCAGUGCUACCAUGAGCUGAAGGAGACAGCACCAUCGGGUCAUUAUCAUACCUUCAAUGGACUGAAUCAGUGUGAUAACACUCGGGGGUAG